GAUGGACAGCGGUCUGGACAUCUCUCAGAGGUCGCCCACAUUGAUUGGUGUCGGUCGAUACGCUAGCAAGGCUGCAGGGUAGCCGGUACAUGUAGGCGAGGCUGAGCAGCUCUCUACUACUUCGGUCGCCUCGGUCUGCUGCGCCCAUGAACUACGUCCCGUGAAACUGCGUCACGGCGUGUGUACCUACCUACCUCCAAUUUCGCGCAGGUACAUCCCGGCGGCAAGUGGUCGCGAGGGUUCGUAGUUUCGAUUUAGGCGCGAUUCCUUCGUCUGACUACUCCGCCCACCUUCUCGUGGCCCAAGCGCUGCCAAUCUCGCGCGCUCAUUGAACUCGAGCCCUCAAGUCACUGCGUUCCGAGUAUAGCAACACAUUCGUUUGUGCCUGGAUCGAGCAUUAUCGCGCACAACAAUGUCUGCCCCGGUGGAUCAGAUGGGCCGUAUAAUAAGGCGCUCGCCCUCCGCCUCACCUCAUCCGCCGCCUAAUGCUGCCUUCACCGGUUUGACUAAUAACCACAACCACAUCGCCCACGACCACUUCAAUCCACUCAACGCACAGGGAGCCUCAGGUGCCUUCGGCGAUCAGAGCUUCACGCAAGAAGCGAACCUCAAGUGGUCCCUCGGUCCCACAUAUACCGAGUUCGAGCAGCAAGAGCAGCAACAGCUGGAGCAGUCGCAUACCGCAGACAUCAACAAGCACACCUUUCUACAGUCCGCAGGGCUGUCAGCGCAAGACUACGAGCACUUGGGGCACAGCGGUCCGGGCGGCGAUCACCUCCUGCCCGGUCUGAGUCAGAGUGCGGCCCACGCCAACACGAGCGCAUUCCCUUCCUACGACCUCAACCAGACAUCCUUCGACCAAAGCGCAUCUUUGGACCCCUCACUCUUGGCCGACCUGGACGCAAACUUUGGCGGUAGCGUGCAGAACAGCGUGGAGAAUCACACGGGCGCAUUCGACUCAAUGGCCACGAUGAUGCCAUCCCACUCGCCUACUCCGCCGCACCUUCUUCCGGAAACGAACCACCGGCAUUCGCAGAGCCCAAGCCCGCACGCAUCACCUAGCUUCCAGCAGCUCACCUUCCAGAACAUGAACCGGCCACGGAACACAUCCGAGUCAUUAGACCCCUCGAGCGCAAUGUACGCGCAUGUGCAGAACGAAUGGGCGCCCAUGGGCGCAUACAGGCACAGGCGGAUACCGUCGGACAACAUCUCCGAGCUGUCAUCACAUUCGAACCAAGCCUCACCUUACAUGAGCACUCUCGACAGCUUUGAGCCGAACGCGCAUACUUCGCCGCUGCUUGACGCAACUAACGACCCGAUAUUCACUGGCGACCUGGGCUUCCAAGGCAUCUCUAUCAGCGGUGACAACCAGCUCCAGCACCAGCACAAUUAUAUCAGCCCAGGCCAUUCGCCAAGGCUACCACCACAACAACAACAGCAACCGCUACCCGCCUUCACCUCGGACGACAACUUCGGCCUGAACACAGGCAUGAACGGUCAUUUUGUGCAGCAACCAAAUGGCCUAGAUCUGUACCCUGGCGCCGGGCACGAGCCGUUUCCGGCUUUGCCGCAGAACCCAGAAGGCGCAGCGGAUACGAUGAGCCCACCGGAAAUCAACAUUGACUAUGCGCCGUCGAAUCCUGUGGAGAAUGUGAGGCCCGGAAACGCGGAGGACACGCUUAGUCCGCCUAUGCGAACCCAAAGCCGCAACCGCAUGCGUGCAAAGUCAGACUCAUAUGCUGGCGGAGCACGGCCAUCCACUCCCGGGUUUUCUGGUCGCGGCCGGUCACCCUCCCUACAACCGCAGCAGUCCAACGCCAGCGACUUACUCGUACCCUCGGACAACCCGCCUUCGUCACGAUCGCCAUCUCCUGUGCGUGGUCGGAACGGCUCGGUGGGAAACCGCGCGAGGAGCUCGAGCCACACUUCCGACCAACGUGACUACAUCCUCGGUCUUGCCGAGCCUGAGCGAACCCCAUCCACCGGCGCAGACAGGACCCGCGGCCAAAGACACCCCGCCACCUUCCAAUGCACACUCUGCCCCAAGAAGUUCACACGAGCCUACAACCUGCGCUCACACCUCCGCACACACACCGACGAGCGACCCUUCGUCUGCACCGUCUGCGGCAAAGCCUUCGCGCGCCAACACGACCGCAAACGCCACGAAGGCCUUCAUUCGGGCGAGAAGAAAUUCGUCUGCAAAGGCAACCUCCAAAGCGGCGUGCAAUGGGGCUGCGGCCGCCGCUUCGCCCGCGCAGACGCGCUCGGCCGCCAUUUCCGCUCCGAAGCCGGCCGCGUCUGCAUCAAACCUUUACUCGAGGAAGAGCAAGCCGAGCGGCAAAAAGCGUGGAUGGACGAGCACGCCCACGCACAAGCCGCGGCGGGGUUCGUCGCGCCCCAGCCCAUGCUCAACGCGCCGCAGAUGGAUAUGCUAUUCCCCACCGCGCUGCUGCAGCAGUAUCCCGCCCUGGCGGGGAUCGAUUGGAAUGCCAUGCCGCAAGGUCCGCCGCCGGAGGAGGAGUACAGUGGGCGGAGCUCUUUUGAUGCUUCUAGUGGUGGUGAGUAUUAUGAUGAUAUGUCUGAGAAUGAAAUGGGUGGUGUUAGUGGUCGUGGUGGUUAUGCUGAUCCGGGGAUGGGUGGGAUGGGAAUGAACCCGAUGAGCGGGAUGGGGAUGGGGCAGACGAUGGGGAUGGGCCAGGCGCAAGCGGGGGGUCAUUUUCAGUAUGGCGUUCAGGGUGGCAAUCAGGCGGGCGAUUAUUUGAGCGACUUCGAAGGUCGGUAAGGAAUUGUCGGCAGCGGGCUGGUGUUGGUUGUUAGGCGCGCGCCUCUGCAUACAUUGAGGAACAUGCGAACCCACGAUUUUAUGGCGACGAUGAGGCUCUUGGCGUUUGGAGAUUGAACUGACGUUGAGAUACCACUUUCGCUAGCAUAUAUAUGGCAUGACAUUUGCAUGGUAGCUAACUUGUUGCUCAAGAAUACAAGAGCAAGAUGGAAACAAACUACUGGGCGUUGUGUCC